UACUUACACUACUGCAGUACUACAACAAGCAACUCAAUCCACUUACCAACACAACCACGUGAGAGACAGCUUCAAUGGAUUUUGACGUUGGUAAAAUAGAUCUCAACUGUGAGAAGAACAACACAGCCCACAACACCAAAGACAUCUCAGUGAACAGACUGAUAGUCAGGAGAGGCCAGUCCUUCCUGGUCACCUUUGAACUCCAUGACCCCUCCAGGCCCACAACAGACUUACUGGAGCUGACGGUGGAGACAGGGCCCCAGCCUUCAGAGGCAUUGGGGACCAGGUCAGUGUUCGGGCUACCUGAGGGCUGUGGGAAGGGUUCCUCCUGGAAGGUCAAGGUUCACCAGGACUCAGUGCUCCCGGCGGGUUCAAUCACCCUGGACAUCACCAGCCCAGCAGACGCCCCAGUGGGAGAGUACAGCCUGUCUGUAAAGACCAGCGCCACCGCCUCAAUGGGCAGCAGUCUGGGAAAGUUCCUUCUGCUGUUUAAUCCCUGGUGCCAAGAGGACUGGGUGCAUCUACCUGAGGAGGAGGAGAGGCAGGAGUAUGUGAUGAGAGAACAAGGCCUGGUGUACAAAGGUUCUGACAAAUACAUCAGCUCUAUGGCGUGGAACUUCGGACAGUUUGAAGACGAUAUAGUGGACAUUUGCCUGAAGCUGCUUGAUGAAUCCAAGUGUCUGAGUGACCCCGCCAAGGACUUCUCUGCUCGUUGUAACCCCAUCUAUGUCAGUAGGGUGGUCAGUGCCAUGAUCAACGCUAACGAUGACGGAGGUGUCCUGAUGGGGCGGUGGGAUGGUCAAUACGAUGGUGGCAUGUCCCCCACUCACUGGAACGGCAGUGUGGAGGUACUAAGGAGGUGGCUCAAAUAUGGUGGUAAUCCAGUCAAGUAUGGCCAGUGUUGGGUGUUCGCCGCUGUAAUGUGCACAGUACUGAGGUGUUUGGGAAUCCCAUGUCGAGUGGUUACCAACUUCCAGUCAGCCCACGACACAGACAAAAACCUGACAAUUGACGACUUCUUCUCCGACUAUGGAGUCAGACCCAAACAGAGCCCCGACAGUGUAUGGAACUACCAUGUGUGGGUGGAGGCUUGGAUGAGAAGGCCCGAUCUCUCAGCAGGCUCCUUAUAUGAUGGCUGGCAGGCUGUGGACCCCACUCCCCAGGAGAAAAGCACUGGUGUUUACUGCUGUGGCCCUGCUCCAGUCAAGGCCAUACUGCAGGGUCACGUUGACCUCAAAUACGAUGUGCCCUUUGUCUUCGCCGAAGUCAACGCCGACCGUGUAACCUGGAUGGUGUUCGCUGACGGCUCCAAGAAAAAGAUCUUAACGGACAGUGUGUCCGUAGGCCAGAACAUCAGCACCAAGGCAGUGGGCAGCGACAAGAGAGUGGACAUCACUGCCAACUAUAAACAUGCAGAGGGCACGGAAAAGGAGAGGGAUGUGUACAAUCAAGCUGUGAAAAAAGUCAACAGACCCGAAGAGAAUUCAAACGGGAUCCAUGACGACAAACCUGGCGUUUCCAUGAAGAUCGUGGAGCUGACCAAGUCGGUCAGCGGCAAAGACAUUGACCUCGAGCUUGUACUGACCAGCAACGACAAUGAAACUCGGACACUAGUGAUCAAUGUCAACGUUCAGGCCAUGAGAUACAACGGGAUCCCAUCCUCCCAGAUACAGACCGAAUUGAAAGAACAGAAGCUCCUUCCCAACCAAGAUCUGACUAUACCCAUCCACAUCCCCUUCUCUGUGUAUGGGGAGAAAAUGCGGGAGAGCAACAGCAUCAAGGUUUCGGCUGUGGUCACAGACAAGGACAAGAGUGGAGCAGUGUACAUCACAGAGAAAGACCUUGUGCCAGAGAGCCCUUCGCUCACCAUCAAAGCCAUUGGAUCUGAAUUGCAGUAUAGUGACAUGACGGCAGAGGUUGUGUUUGAGAACCCUCUAUCUGAAGGUCUAAGUGACUGCUUCAUAACAGUGACUGGCAGUGGCUUGCUGACUGAAACAAUGGAAGCCAGAACUCCUUUCCUAAAAAAAGGGCAACGACUGCGUGUGAAGAUGCCCUUCACUCCAUACAGACCCGGUCCUAAGAAGCUAGUGGCCGGCUUCAACUGUGAUCAAUUCAGGGACAUUAAGGCAAGCUGCAAUGUGUACAUCAAACCCUUCAUCGGUGUUGUCCCCCCACUGCCGUUGUUAGUAAAACCCUUGUGAGAAUAACUCUAACUCAAAUAGGUUCUCCAAUUUAUACCUUAUUUUCAAAUUAGGAUAUAACGUUAACGCCAACGAGACAGUGUCCGAGUUCUAUAAUUAUCUGGUAGAAUGUCCUGCUUCUAUUUCGUCACACACAACCGUUAGCUAUUUUCUAAUUAUGCUAUUUUUUACCCCCAGACUGUUGACGUCAUGCAGCCUGUAGUUUUUGUGUUUAUAGAUUUUCAUAAAGCCAAUAAGAAAUUUGAUAUCGGACGACAAUUGAAUGUUCAUGAUUUCACCGCAACAACUGUCGAUACACAUAGUAUUAACCAGCCUUUUGUCUUGAAAUCUUUGGUUGUUUAGUACAUGGCCUCACGUGAAUCCUUAAAGAGAUAGGUGGGACUAAGGCUUGAGAGGGUGUGAACGAUGCUGAAUGGGUGCAGACAAAGAAGAGCUCCUCAAUAGUAGUACUGAGGAGGGUCAUUUUCUCAAAAGUGAGAUUACAAGUUUAUCAACUUUCAAAGCAGAAUUACUUUCCCAUUGUUCUUCAAUUGUAGUGUAUGAUAUACCAUUUUCUAACUAUGAGUCUCUAGUUUUAUCUAUGUCCUCAAUUUUUUUUUCAAAAGACUGAAUCAAGCUGGUGGGUCACACAUGAAGAUGAAACAUGUUCAGGCCUACUGUACAACGUACUGUAUAAAUUAUUGUUGAAAACAAGUCUAACAAGGCUUGACUUUGUCUAUGUAAUCC